UUCUGUCUUAUUGGUGGAAGCCUUAUUGGCGCGUGUGUAGACGAUCUCUUUCUCGACAGCCGAGUAUCAAGAGAAGAGUAAACGAGGUGAGCAAAUCGCUGAGCUUCUGAAACGGACGCCUAACUUUACGACCCUGACUCUCAACUUUUCUGGUCACCUUGACACGUAUUCGGAUUGUCUCGGAGAGAAGCUCAUGGUUGCAUUGUGCUCGCUAAAAAGUCUCGAGAACUUUUCUCACCAUGCCACGACAUCUGCGCGUACGGAUUUCGGCCAGUAUAGCUUGAUGAAAUUGGUCUCGUCUUGGCCGAACCUCCGGACUCUCUAUCUCGCUGGAGACACGAAUGGCAGUGAAGACUGUUCAACGAUCCCUCCAGCAACGUGCGCAUUGGAAUCGGUCACGUUCGAGCGCUGUAUGUCCAAUUUCGAAAAACUGGCACCCAUGUUUGCGGGAUCUGCGAAAAGUCUGAAAAGCUUCGAAGCCUGGACGAUGGGGUUUAAAGAGAUCGACGCUGUGCUCCGAAAUGUCCUCCCCUCCAUCGAGUCGCUCCAUAUUGGAGGCUGCAACCACCCUUCGAGAGACUUCAUCCUAAGCGAGCUCUCCAAUGCGCCUCGCCUCCAGUCGAUCGACCUUAACGGGGACACAGAUACCGGCGGAACGACGCGCAAGGCGUUUGCCGAGGCGCUCACCCGGGAGGACUCUUUCCCGGCUUUGAGGUGGUUGUCCUAUCCUGGGGAGAGGGGAACGUACAAGACCGGACGAGGUAGGAAUGUCCGGGUGCACGAGUAUGAGAAUGUGGGUGCGAAGGAGUUGGAGGAGGCUGCGAAGAAGAAGGGUGUUCGGGCGGAGUUGGCGUGGAGGGAUUUGGAGUAUAAGGUUAAGGGUGCGCAGAGGCGGGCUGGGUUUGCUGCGAUGGGUAGGAGGGGGUAUUGGUGAGCUGGAUAAAGACGUUUAUUUGUAUGGUGAACAUGUCCGGUUGUUUUAUGUUAUUCCUCAGAAUUAUCGUCGUCAUUUAGACGGUUAUUUAUUUAUUACCUGUAUUGCUUCAUAAAUUCAUUCGACCUACUAAAACUUUUG